AUGAGAAGCAAUCCAGUCUUUCCCAUAAGUCUGGCCAAUCCUCACGGAACGUGCCCGGCACUCGCGCCGGGGAGACCAUCAUCUAAGGACCUGUCCACGAUAUCUGUCGAUCAUUGCAGGAGACAUCAUUCGCCAUCUCCUUUAUUACAAGGGUCCAAAAUGUGGCAUUCUCGCUUAAACCCGUGUACACACAUCAUCCACCUGUCAAUCAUCGCACAUAUGCAUGGAAACAGGGGUUGCGAGGCAGACGGAUCCGGCCAGGUGAUUAGAACCAACUUACCUGCAGACUGA